CGCUUUGGCUGGGUGCGCUUGCUUGUCGUACUUUGUAGUUGUGAUUUAUUUCAUUCAAUUUGUUAAGUAAUAUUCGUUGCUGUAUUCUUUUAUGAAGUGUUUGUAAGUGAUACCAGUGAAAUCCUGAUGAAGGUGGUGACCAAUGCUGCUUCACACUGAAUAUGGCUGACGAAAGACUAGUGGUCCUGAAUCGUAGUGACAACUUAGGAUUCGGAUUUUCUUUGCUCGGCGAAGCCGGUUUGCCACACAUUAUUUACCAAAUUGAAGAAAACUCCCCAGCGGCUCGCAGCGGUGAGGUCGAGGCUGGAGAUGUAUUGCUCAAGGUUAAUGGGACUGACGUAAACCGGUUCACGACCAAAGAAGUUUUAAAAUGUUUGAGACUUUCGUCCGAUCCCGUCACUUUAAGACUGAAAAAGGACCCAGAGAUCAAGGCGAAUGUAAGACGUUACAUAUCGGCAGCCGCUGAGCGACGGGCUGCCGCGGCACGCACAAAACGCGACAAGUCAAGUUCACCACCAUCAAGUAACUCAAACAGCAACUCAAACAGUAAUUCAUCCAGUAAAUCAUCGAGCAACGGUUCCGACGUUGUGUCCGGGGAUAGCUGUGAGGCGCUACUGACAGAGGAGAGGUCGCGUGGCCGACCCACGCAACCUAAGUUCGAGGCUUACAUGAUGACCGGGGAUCUAAUGCUCAAUCUGUCCCGAGUAGAACAUCCACACCAUAACCACCACGCGCCUACACAUCGCACUCAUUAUCAUAGAUAUAAUUCAACGCCGGCGUCGCCGAGUGAAAAUCGUCUUGCGGCGCGCGUCGAGCUGGCGCAGCGACACAACUCCUCGCCCGACACCGGCCUUGGUACUGAACACGCCAACAAGCUGUUCAUAUCUCAGCCGGCAUCGCCCGCGGGCGGCGGCCAGGCGGGAGGGGAGAUGGCGUCGCGCGCGCAACACGUCGUGCGAACAUCGCGCUCUGAGGACCAUCUUCAGUAUUUCAAUGUAUUCCAGAAGGAGUCGUCCCUGAGCGCGGUGGCGGUGGACAUGGAGGAGGACGUGACGUCAUCGCUCAACACGCUGCUCGACGCGCGCCCGGACUCCGCCACGCCCGGCCCGCGCUCCGACACCGAUCUAGAGAGGGACAGGAUCGUGUGGACGUACAACGCGCCGGUCUCGUGCGCGUCAGAACGCACGCAGUGCAACGGCUCCGGAGCCACAUCCAACUCCACCUCCAUAUCAGAUGGCAUCUCACAAAGAUCGUCGUCGCCCGCGUCGCCGACGUCGGUAUCGUCGUCUGUGAUGUCAUCGCGCGCUACCCCGCCUCACCGCGCCCCCCUCCUCACCACCUCGCAGCACUCGCAGCACUCGCACAGACCUAUCAAUGGUGAUAUGAGCUUAUCGGAAGCAGUAUCAAAUAUAUCCAGUCCGGACUACCAAGACCAGGACGACAUGUUUGACACUGGUCGCGACUGUCCACGGAUGGAGUUGUCAGAUCCGUCUGACUCUGACAGCACGAUACUGGUGUCAGAACCGUGUCACAAGCGAGCAAAGUCAAACUCCUCAUAUUCCAAUGAUCCAGAUAGUGAUGUGACUCUAAAUGGUGAACACAAAGACUAUAGAAUAGUGAUACAAGUGAAAGGACCCGACAAAAGUGUUAAUACAAGUGAUAGUGUAAAUAAUAAUAAUAAUUUCACACAAAAUGGGAAAGAAAAUGGAUGUAAUUCACCCGAAAAUCAAGGUUAUCAGGAGUUAGGUAGCGGUUCCGAUGUUGGUUCAGACGAGGGGUCAGAUGGAGACUCGCUGCACUCAUUCCACUACAGUCCCAAGGCCGUGGAUAUACCCUCGGCGGAGCGGCUCGCCAAGCGAUUAUACCAUCUCGACGGCUUCAAGAAGUCUGAUGUAUCUAGGCAUUUAAGUAAAAACAAUGAGUUCUCUCGCGCGGUGGCAGAGGAGUACGUGAAGCACUUCUCUCUAGGCGGGGCGACGCUGGACGAGGCGCUGCGACAGUUCCUCGCCAGGUUCGCGCUCAGCGGAGAGACGCAGGAGCGAGAGCGCGUCCUCGUGCACUUCUCCCGAAGAUACCUUGAAUGCAAUCCCGGCACCUUCAACUCACAAGACGCGGUGCACACGCUGACGUGCGCUAUAAUGUUGCUGAACACGGACCUGCACGGCGGCGCGGCUGCGGGCGGAGCUGCAUUCCGCCGCAUGACAUGCGCAGAGUUCAUAGACAACCUCGCAGACCUCAACGACGGCGACAACUUCCCGCGCGACACGCUCAAGCAGCUCUACCAUGCGAUACGCACGCAGCCGCUCCAGUGGGCACUUGACACGGAGGCGAAUCAAGCGGCGACUACGGAGCAACGCACUGCGCCCGUCGGCAGCAACCCGUUCCUCGACGUGCCCGACCAGAGCCGCGCUGUCGAGUACAAGAAGGGCUACGUCAUGCGCAAGUGCUGCGUAGAUCCCAACGGAAAAAAGACUCCAUUCGGUCGUCGCGGCUGGAAGAUGUUCUACUGCACGCUGCGCGACCUCGUGCUGUACCUGCACAAGGAUGAACACGGCUUCCGCCGCAGCCAGAUGUCUGAUAACCUGCAUAAUGCCAUCAGGAUACACCACGCACUGGCCACCAAGGCGACUGACUAUACGAAGAAACAACACGUAUUCAGAUUACAGACUGCAGAUCAAGCAGAAUAUUUGUUCCAGACUAGCGACUCUAAGGAACUGUGUUCGUGGGUGGAGACGAUAAACUUUGUAUGCGCGGCGUACUCCGCGCCACCACUGGCCGGAGCUGUCGGCUCACAGCGCAAGUUCCAGCGCCCCCUGCUGCCCUGCACCCACACCAAGCUCGCCAUGCGUGAGCAGCUUGCCGACCACGAGGAGCGCGCGGCGCGGCUGGAGGAGGAGCUGGCGGCGCUGCGGGCCGCGCGCGACUCCGCCCACACACACGCCCACAACGCACACUCGCGCGACAAGGACCACUACCUCGUGCACGAAAUAAAGAGGUACCGCACGUACGCGUACGUGAUGCGUGCGAGGGCGGGCGGUGCGGGGGCGGAGGAGGCGGCGCCCGCACUGCCCGAGCGGCCGCAUCCGCACCCGCAGCCGCCGCCCUGACGCGCCAUGGCGGUGUUCGCCGCCUGCGUCCUGUGAUUGCCCUGCGCCCUGCCCCCUGCCCCCAACCACGCCCCACGCGCCACAACACACGCCCACCGUGCAAACGGCGCGUUUGACUAUAUGACAACCCAACGUCUUGUGACUCCCAAAAAUGUUUUCUUUGUGAAUCCCUUUGCAAACUGCAUUCUGUUUUCCCGCCGCUAAAUGUUCACAACAUUGCACAAACGCUGUGUUCUAUUUUACUGCAUUUUAUAGAUUUAACUGAGACCCGUUUACAAUAUAAACCAAACCGAGUAAUUAUAAAUUCAGUCUUUAAUGAAAAAUAAGAUGUAAUUGUAUGAAUUAAAAUUAAUUUCGUUGUAUUGCCCCAAAAAAUAUGCUAUUUGGAAUUUUAACACUUGUCAUAAGUCUUGUUAAAUUAGUAUUUUAAAAUGUAACAUAGUAUAAUAAACUAGAUCCCUUGCUGAUCUCGAUUUUGAAGAUAUAAACUACUACGAAAUUUAUUGGUAUUUUAACGAUUUGCCCACCGCAAGCGCGUUCGCGUAUACCUACGCAAUGAAAUGUUUACACUCUUAACUAAAUCAUUUAGAAAUUACGUAAGUGGUUAAAUUAAAUAUGUACGCAGUAAGAACUAAGUAAUUUAUUUCUAUGUCUAUUACAGAAAAUAAUUCAAUAUUAGGCGGUAAGGGAUAUCGACAAUUUUUCAUUAUUAUUUCUAGCUGUAAUUGAUAAUGAGAAAUAGUUUUAAAUUUUAAAAAGGUCUAAAGUAUUUAUAAGGUAGCUUUUAAACUACAAAUGCAAAAAUGGCGGACUGUCAUAUUGCGGAUUAAAAAUGGCCGCCGUGGACAUUAGUUUCUCUCGCUCUGACUCCGCCGAAAAGACUGAAUAAGAUACUCAAACGACAUUCCAUUGCCAAUUCACGAAAUUAAAUAAACACAUAGUUCUGAGCAAUAUUCGAAUUCAUAAAAAUGUAAAAAAUCUAUAUACUUUUAUAUAUAUGGAUUCUACUACAAUUUAAUCGAUAUAUCGACUAUUUAACAUUAUCGACAUCGGAAACACUACACUAAUAUUUUAGUUGUAAAAAUUUCCUCUAUUUUCUUAAAACAAUUUUAUUUAUUAUUUUAAGAAUUCAAGGCCUGGUUUACAAUUUUAAGCAUUGCAUUGGAAAAGAAAGAAUCGAUUUCAUAUUCGUAUUUAUAGACUAAAAUAAUGCAUACUCUACGCGUUUCAACUAACGUCGUCGUUUUAGAUGAAUUGAUAAGACUAUCAAUAAAUUAGAUGUAAGUUGAAAAAAAAAUACGCAACAUUUCGAUAUCGAUGUAAUCGUAUCAAAUAUUAAAAAUUAAUUGAAAAAAAAUCGAUACUUUUUGUUUUAUGAGAUAUUGUGGCAACCCUAUAGCGGCGGGUGUGGUUGCAAGGUAUAUACGUCACGAGUUAACGAAAAUGUUUAAAUGAUCUAGUCCUGUCUUCCUGGCACAUAUUAUUUAUAAUAUUUCAGGUCGGCGAGAUGUUUAUUUAUUAGAAUUUGUAGUGCAGAAGUCAAUAAGAAGUUCAAAUGUAAAUAUAAAGUACAUAAAUAUGAGCUUUUUACUUGCAUUUCUUUAGCACUUGACGCUUAAUCUCUUAGCAAAUCAAUGUAUUUUGAUGAACAACACAUUCACUGCUACCGACUCGUCCUACGGGAUGUUAGUGGCACUGAAUGUGCUAAUGACAUCUAUGCUGCAAUCUUAGAAAAAAAGAGUUUUUGAAUGAAUUAAAUGUGAAAAUAAUCGCUUAUUUGUGUAAACAUAUAUGUUUUGUAAUGGAUAUGUUAAAGUUUGGCGCUAGUCCAGAGAAUGGUUAUAUGCUUUAAUCUUUCUUUAUUUCUAGUAUCGGCUUGUUUUUUUGUUUAUUAUAAUUAAAACUAUUUAUACCAUUCCAAGUUAAGGCAUAGGAAAUGAAAAGAUGCGUAUGAAAACAUCUAAAGGCUUCCCAAGUAUAUAUGACAACGGCUGGUAUCACAAUGUUGUAAAUAGAUUUUAUAGUAUUGAGACUGAUAAGUAAAGUUAUUUAUUUGUUUUUUUGUAAAUCAACCAGUGUCAAAAUGUAAAACGUCUAAAAUCUCAUGACUUUGAGAUGCGACUGUAUAUUGAAUUGUCUUUCCACGUGUGAAUAAAAUAAAAUGUAAUUCCCUUUAAAAAUGUUGAAAUAGAUUGCUUUAUAUUACGGUGAGUUUACACUUUCGUAUUAUCGAUAUUUCCAUCCUUGUUCUCCUCUUUGAGAUAAAUAAAGACAACCAUAUGUAUACAAGUGUUGCAACUGUCGAAAUCUGUAGUAAUAAUAUGUAUAAACUAUAGUUUAGUUUAGCCGAUAGUGCCAGUAAAGUGAUAUUAGACUCCUCGUAUUAUUUGUGAUUUUUUUUGUCAUUAUUUUGUAAAAACUAAUGUAAAAAAAUGUAUGCCUGUUUUUACUAUCUGUACUCGUAGCACGAUCUUUACCAUUUUAUAAGUAGAGUCACUGAUUAUCUCUUGUUAUAUCGGAUCAUGUAUUUAGUAACUUGUCUAGUUUUACAAAUAAAGAUUGGAUAAAUUUAAAUAACUCAGUUAACAGCACUCUAUUGGUUUGAAUCAUAGUAAGAAAUUAUUGCCAAUAGAUUGUGCCGUGUUUAGAUAAUGAUUAAUGAAGAAUUAAACAAUUUUAUUCUUACAUUUAGUGUUAGAUAAAUGUAAGUAUAAUUACAAAGAUAUCAAUAAAAUUCUUGUAUGAAGUUGGAAUUUGCAAAUUGUUAUGUAUUUUAACCACUCAUCUAUGUUUGUUCACAAUUUAAGCUGUUAUAGCCUGACCAGAAAUAUAAAAAUCCUUGGCAUAUUGCAGAAAAAGCGGUAAAGAAGUUGAUCGAAGCGACCUCUGGCCAGGAUUUUUAUAUUCUUUAGGCUACAGAUGCUAUAUGAAGGCCUAAAAAGGAAUUGAGAUUAAAAUAAAAAAUAUAAAAAAAAACACGCUAAUUUUUCUGUAAGAACUGAUGUAAAGCUUUGAUUCACGUGUUUCCAAAGUUGUCUGUUACAAAAAUGUAACAAUUUACAUAUUGUAACUUGUUACAUAAAUAAUAAUAAUAAUUCAUUUAUUGCAAACUGUAUUACAUUGUUAUAAGGUUACAAACAUUUAUAAACAGUUACAAUACAGUUAGAUACCCCUUCGGGUGUGCAAUGAUGAACUAUAUUUUGGUGUAAUACAAUGGAUAAUGGUAAAGAAACAAAAGCAGAACAAACAAGAUUAAGAACUUGGGAACAUCUAUCAACAAUAAUAAUAACAUAGUUAAUAAGUGUAAAACACAAUCGCCUUUUUAGAUAAGUGAAUAGCAAUGUUAAAAAGAAUUAGCUUGCGGGUCGGUCAAGACCGUAUCUAAUGUCACUAUUUAGUUUCAUUAUAGCUAAAGAAAUCUUGCAUCGAGUAGAAGGCUUGAUCUAACAACCAGUUCUUCAGAUUUAUUUUAAAAACUUUACCGUUCAUUGAUUUUAUCUUAAUUGGCAAAUGGUUAAAAACUCUUAUAGCAGUGACAUAUGCACUUUUGUAAUAUAUUUGACUUUUUAUGUUAGGUAAUUUAAGGUCAUGUCGGUGAAAAGGACGUAAGUUACGUCUCUCAGCAGAUUUAGGUUGAAAAUAAUGAUUACUUUUUGUGAACAGACAUAAAGAGAGCGGCGGAGAAUUAUGCAUUCAUUUUUAUUCAAUUCUUUAAAUGGUUUUCCUAAAAUAAUAUCUGAUGGUGUAUCCGGAUACGUAAAGGCUGUUAUAUCGUAGUUACAUGGGUUCUUAUAGUUAGAUCUUAAUUUAAUCAAAGCUGCAGCAGUUCCCGAAGCUUGCUGAUCAAGCUGAGGCAUGAGCGGAAGCCGGGACGGAUUUAGCAUAUUGCUUAUCAACGUCCGAAAUCACUUUAUACUCUGUCUCGAUGAGUUGCACAUAUCCAGCAGCGUCAGCAUUGAAAUGCUUCGUUCGGUCCUCUGACACGAACGCUGUCUCCCCAUUACGAAUGAUUCCAGCCAGAGGGGGUCAUUACUUAGCGGUGUUUCUUUGACUGAAGUAUUUGUUGCCUUAGGUAACGUUCCCUAUAGUUUAUUUUUGGGGCGAGGGAAGGGUCUGUCUUUCCGUGAUGUUUUCGGUUUAACCGUGAAGGCCAUUGGUGCUUGCUGUUCUUUUGUUGCUGUCCGUCAUUAC